AUGCCUCCGCUGCCCUCCGCACUCGACGAGGAGACGAAGAACCUCAUUGCCUCGCUGGAACGACGGCACAAGGACCUUGCAGACUUCCAGAUACCCCGCCUACGAAACUGCACAGGGCCGCUCACGCUGCAGCAACAGUACGCUGCGGAGCUCCGGGACGACUUGGACAUGUUCGCGCGACAACUAGAGACUCUGGAUGUCGCAGUGGAGGACCAGAGGACGGAACGCGCGAGGAGAGAGCUGAGGCAAGUCGUAGAUGAGCUCCAGGCUGUAUUGACCAGACUACGAAAGGAUAUGCGCGCCGCUGUGUUGGCGUCGAAGCGCGCCAUUGAUGCGCAACAGAGCUCUCGCCGAGAAGAGCUAUUACGCUCCUCCGUGGUGAAGGAGAAGCAGACCUUGAACGAGAAAGUAACCGAGGACGCAGUGAUGAAAGCGACUAACGAUGUCACCGAAGCCCUUCAACGAACCCUCGGCCUCAUGCAAGGCGAGCUAGAACGCUCAGUCCUCUCUACCCAGCUCCUUGAAUCCUCUACCGCAAACCUGAAGUCCACUUCCACCACGCAUGACGUUCUCGACUCCCUCAUGACCACCUCGAAGCACCUCAUCACCGCGCUCGAGAAGUCGGACUGGAUGGACCGCAUGCUCAUCUUCGCCGGCCUCGCCUUUUUCGUUAUCGUCGUGCUCUUCAUCAUCAAGCAGCGUCUCGUUGACCGCGGCCUCCGCGUCGCGCUGUUCUGGACGCGCUUUGUCCCCGACUUCAGCGGGGAUGAGGCGCUCCUCGCAGCAGAAAAGGGCGAGGUGCCAGCAUCGCUGUCUUUGGCUGCUAGUAGCGUUGUGUCAGCGACGGUCUUAACGGUAGUGGCUACAGCGUCGACUGUGCUGCUUGCGAGUUCCGCAUCGUCCUUGGAGGGCGAAGUCCUGGGAAGCAUCACGUCAGGUGUCCCUACCGAGACAGUUACUUCCGUUCACUUAGAUCCCUCACUACCAGAAGGCGCGUAUACCACGACUUCGUCAAGCGGCGCAGAGCGCACAGGGUCAGGGACAGUGCCACACGACGAGCUGUAA